AUGGGCAACCAGGAGGCUAAGCACAGGAAGGCUGCAGCCGCCGCGUCAUCGGGGGAAGGAAGCAACACCGCUCUAGACGAGGGAUGGAGGGAAGGAGACAAAACAAAAAGAGGCAAGAAAGGGGGGGGCGGAGGGGGGGAGCCGGGCACAUGGCCAGCCAAGAAGAAAAACAAGUCCGAGUCCAAGUCGUCCGUUUUCUCGAUCCGCAAGAGAAAGAGCAACCUUAAGGGGAAAGGAGGAGCGGGCUCCAAGGAGGAUGUGUUGGCAUGGCAACAAGACGAGCUGGACAGCGCUCAGUCUCAGGGCACCAAAACACCGGACCUGUCUGCAGGAAAGCUCGGCUCGUCCAACGCAGACGCGGCUACGCAGCGCGGGGCGGAGGGGCGGAGGAGAGACCCCUCCCUCCAGAGAGAGGCCGGUGGAGGGGCGCUAGAGGACGGCACACGCAAAGCACAGCCGCCGGCCCCCGCGGAGGAGGGCGGGCCCAAGGGGGCCAGCUCGGGGUCCGACACGGACAUCUACAGCUUCCACUCAGCCACCGACCAGGAGGACCUCCUGGCCGACAUCCAGCAGGCCAUCAGACUCCAGCACCAACAGAAGCACAACGGGGGUCAGGGCCCGAACCAGAGACCCGCUGGGGGACAGAAGAACAGGCCGGACGACGGCGGGGAGGCCAGCAGCCUGACCUCCCCGGUGUCGCAGCCGAGCCCAGAGUUGGAGCUGGGCUCGGACGCGUUGUCGUUCCUAGACACCGGGAGGCCACUGAGUUCUGCCCGGCAAAACGGCCUCCCACCGACUCCUUGUCUCCCUCUGGCUGUAGCAGAGCCAGGGGGAGGGGGAGGGAGAGGGGAGCUGGGGAUACAGCAGAGGGAGGGCGCACAUGGAGAGGGGACGACACAGAGCGUACCGGAGGACCCUGAGGUCUCCCCGGGACAAAAGGACUGGUGUGUUUUGGAGGAGAACACCUCUCCUUAUGCGUCCAUCCCCGCAGCAGACAAUGGCGCUGCUUUGAAAGGCUUGGUUGCCGAGACGACAUCAAGAGCCCUUCCUGAUCUCUCGGCGUCAUCGGAGAGCGUUGUUGAACCCCCAGCUCAGGAGCAGGGAGGGGAGGGAGAAGACUCUCCGAGUGAUGAGCCAAUCGAGGGCUUGAUCUCGGAGAGGGCCUCGCGAGAGGGGGGCGGCCCCCUUGGCACGGGGACCAGUGAGGAGUCUCUGUCGGAGUGUCUGAGUGCUGAGUCACAACAACACUGCUUCAGCAGCACCAGCACCAGCGCCUUCGUUCCUGUUCCCCAGCCCAGGAGGGGCCCCAGUCAGUGGCCCCCACAGGAGAGCCCCACAGUCUCAGCACGGCUCCUCAAGAUGUCUACGUGUUCAGCUCCUAGCUACUCCACACUGGGUUCCAGCGUCAAACCCUACCCCCCUAUCUUCCCCUCGUACAUCAAGACCACCACCCGCCAGCUCAGCUCGCCGGGCCACUCUCCGGGUCUGUCUCCGUCACAGAGUCCCCAGUCCCCCCGCAGGGUCCACAGCCAGGUGCACAGAGGCCAAACGGAGCGGCGCAGAGUCCAGCGCCGCCAGGGGCCCCGCAGCCUGGGCCGGCCCCUGAGCCUCUCGGCCGACUGGACGGAGGAGCUGGAGCUGGAGAGGGGCCUGCGGGGCCGGGGGCCCGGCGAGGGGAGCGAGGGCUCCUGGGAGUUCCUGGAGGGAUACGGAGCCGGCUCAGAGGACCGGCUGCGGGGGGGCAGCCAGCCGCUGUGCUGCAGCGCCCGGCGGCCGUCCCUCGCCCACGCCCCCGCCUGCGGCCUGCAGGACGUCUUCAGCGGCCGGACCCUCCUGGAGAAGUUGUUCACGCAGCAGGAGCAGGCGGAGCCCGAGGAGGCUGAGAGGAUGUGCUCCAGGAUCCUGGCCAUGGGCCUGCUCCUCCCCUUCACCGAGUGCUUCAGGCAGCAGCUGGGGGGCAGCCCCGCCCACAUGACCUCCAGCACCACCACCGCUACGGCCAGGUUUGAUCAGGAGCAGCUGUACACAUGGGCAGCAGUCAGCCAGCCCCCCAACUCCAUGGAGCACUUUGAGGGCCGUCUGCCUGCUCAGGUCAGGGGUCUUUGGCCCUCCAACAUCUUCAAAGCUCUAACGUUGUCCUCUGUCCAGGAGGAGUCCCUCCUGAAGACGGUCCAUCUGAAGGAGGAGCACAUCAACGUCAUCCAGCAGCUGGAGCAGACCAUCGAGGACCUCCGCACCAAGAUCGCCGAGCUGGAGUGCCCCGCCUCUCCGCCCGCCGCGCCGCCCGACGCCGCGGAGCUCACGGCGGACCCCCCCGAGCGGGAGGGCGGGGAAGGCGAGGAGGCCCCCCCCCGGGCGGUGUGUGACGUCCAUCUCCAGACGGAGGCCUUCGGGGGGGUCCUGGAGGCCAAGUCGGUGCAGACGUCGCCCAUGGAGGACAGCUACCGGUUCGGAGUGCCCUGCACUGCCGACCCGCUGAUGGUGAACGACUUCACCGGAGAGGAGCCGCAGCUCCGGGAACACGGCCUCCCCGUUCCCACCUCGCCCAAAGCCGUGCAGGCCGAGUUUCAGUGUACAUGCCAGCUACAGAGCGGAGCACCUCCUCCACCUCCUCCACUUCCAGGUGGAUUUGCACCUCCUCCUCCUCCUCCACUUCCAGGUGGAUUUGCACCACCUCCUCCUCCUCCACUACCAUUUGGAUUUGCACCACCUCCUCCUCCUCCACUACCAGGUGGAUUUGCACCACCUCCUCCUCCUCCACUACCAGGUGGAUUUGCACCACCUCCUCCUCCUCCACUACCAGGUGGAUUUGCACCACCUCCUCCUCCUCCACUACCAGGUGGACUUGCACCUCCUCCUCCACCUCCUUUACCCGGGUCAGGGGCUGGCUGUCCGCCCCCACCCCCGCCUCCGCCUCCGGGCGGCGGGCCCCCGGCCCCUCCCCUGUUCGGCGCCCCGGGGGCGCUGGGCAGCCUGCCCCCUCCUCUGCCCAUGGGGCUGUUCGCUCUGGGCAUGAUGCAGGACAAGCCCCCCCGGAAGGCGGCCCUGGAGCCCCCCAGGCCCAUGAAGCCCCUUUACUGGACGCGCAUACAGCUGCUGACCAAGAAGGAGGCGGCGUCCGCCCUGGUCUGGGAAAGCAUCGAGGAACCCCCGGUGGACUUCCAGGAGUUUGUGGAUUUAUUCUCCAAGACGGCCAUGAAGGAAAAGAAGAAGCCGCUGUCAGACACCAUCACCAAGUCCAAGGCCAAGCAGGUUGUGAAAUUACUCAACAACAAGCGAUCACAGGCUGUGGGGAUUCUGAUGUCUUCUCUCCACCUGGACAUGAAGGACAUCCAGCAUGCCAUCCUGAACCUGGAUAAUUCCGUAGUGGAUCUGGAGACCUUACAGGCCCUCUACGAAAACAGAGCACAACAGGAGGAGAUGGAGAAGAUCGAUAAACAUCUCAAGUCUUCUAAAGAGAAGGACCACGCCAAGCCCCUAGACAAACCUGAACAGUUCCUGUUCCAGCUGGCCCAGAUCCCCAACUUCCACGAGCGAGUUUUUUGCAUCCUCUUCCAGUCCAGCUUCACGGAAUGUAUUUCCUCGAUAGUCCGUAAGCUGGACAUUAUGCAGCGAGUGUGCAAGACUUUGCGGACCGGAGAGGGCGUCAUGAAGGUGCUGGGCCUGAUCCUGGCCUUCGGUAACUUCAUGAACGGAGGGAACCGCAGCAGAGGGCAGGCGGACGGCUUCAACCUGGACAUCCUCCCCAAGAUCAAGGACGUCAAGAGCGCCGAUAACACCAGAAGUCUUCUGUCGUAUAUUGUUGCUUACUAUCUCCAACACUUUGACGAGGAUGCUGGGAAGGAGACGUGCGUCUACCCCCUCCCAGAACCCCAGGACCUGUUCCAGGCGUCACAGAUGAAGUUUGAGGAGUUCCACAAGGACGUGCUGCGACUGAGGAAGGACCUCCGAGCGUGCACGGCCGAGGUGGAGAAGGUGGUGCGGCUUUCAGAAGAAGAGCAUCUUCAGCCCUUCAAGGACAACAUGGAGGAGUUCCUGAGCAAAGCCAAAAGUGAACUGGAGACACAAGACACACUACUCAACAACACUCACAAAACGUUCCUGGAGCUGAGCGUGUCCUUCUCGGUGAAGGCCCGGUCAGGGGAGAAGGAGAUCUCCCCUGGAACCUUCUUCACCCUCUGGCACGAGUUCUCCUCUGACUUCAAGGACCAGUGGAAGAGGGAGAACAAGCAGAUGCUCCAGUACAGGCUGAAGGCUGCAGAGGAACGCUUCAAGCAGGCCAAGGAGAAGGCCACCUUCAGCGUCAAGCCCAAACAAGCCUCAGGGAUUAAAGCCAAACUGGGAAUGAAGACCUGACGGUUGCUCGUCCAAUCACACUCAAGGUGUAUUUGCUCUUGCAGUAGCUCAUCUACAAGUACAAAUGUACUUAAUUUCACUUCAA